AUUGUCGAUAGUUUGAGCACACUCAGGAACUGCCACCUCUAAGGCUGUGUCAAGCGUAUCAAUGGAACUUAAGUUGGAAAGCAAAAAUAAAAAUGAAACCACCUAAGACUGGAAAGCAUAAGAAUAAACUCGCUCAAAUCACCCAAACCUGGGGAAAGACCAAGUUCAAGCCCCAGAAAUAUGUGAAACGAGAAGUACCGCCCGAGCCUCAGGCAACCGCAAAACCUUGGCAACAUGUGAAGAACGACAUGAUUGAUGAUUCUGAGGAUCGGGGACACCAAGGUGUAGACAGCAAGGAGGCCAGGAAGUUCAUGCAGCAGCGGGAGCAAAACCAUCGACGAAAUAUUAUAGAAGCCAACCGAUCUGAAGUCACCAAGUGGGAGAGCUUUGACGAGGAGCAGCAAUCUACUUCCAAAAAUACAAAAUCCAGAAUAAAGGCUAAACCAUCGAAGGAAAAAUCUCGUUUGUGGCAAUGCAAUUUAAAAGACGGCGAACUUCCCACUGCCGUUGAGAAGUUUACCUUUUCAAGAGCGCAACUUUUACCGGAAGAAACUAACGAAAGGCCUGAGUAUGUCUAAUAACAGAAGCUCUCUUAAAUCAGCCAUACAAGAUUUAAAAAGAAAUCAAGAGCUAAAGGAGGGCAGAAAAUGGCAGAAAAUGGGACAGAAUGUGAACAAUCCGUUUCUCAAAAAAGGGCAUAAUAAAUGAAUAAGAAUAGGUUAAGCGUAAACAAAACUUAUUCACAUCUAGUACUGAAUGUCAUUAAAGGGAAUGUUAAAAAAUAAA